AUGGUGUCGUUUUCGAGCUCUGCAGUCAAUAAGUCUGGCAAGAAGUUCGCACCAAAAGCACCCGUUCGUCGUCCUGGUGCUACUGCUACUACUCCUGCGCCGAGAAAACCCAGUGUCGAUAGCCCAAGUACCUCACAAACUCCUCAGCCGGCCGCCGGCGACAAUGUUGUCCCCCCGCCUUCAACCACUGAACCCGUGAAUACGGCAACAACGACUUCUGAGGAUACGCACGAGCCGGAGCCGGAGAUCCAUAAACCGGAUGAUGUCCCACAAGUAAAACCCUCGAAGCCAGCAGAAACAGCAAUCCCAAUCCCCAAUCCCUACCCCAAAACCGAGGCCUUCGCCCCCACCUCGGAAGCGCCCUCAAGUGAACCGCAAGAAUCUAUACGUCAGAAACGGUCUGAAUCCGUAGAGACUCCGAUAGCUAUACCAACUCCGACCUCAAAGCACAAACCUUCGAUCUCUACCACUGAACCAGCCACGGUCGAGCCAUCUCCGAGUGCCCCUCAACCUUCGCCGCGGGCACACGAUGUGUCUACAGCAGAAAACGUAGGUUUACGAUCUCAGGAUGGACGGGAAGUUCCCACAUCGACAAGGAGAAGCCAAAGCAUCGAGUCUCGUCAUGGACCUCAGGGCCCAUCUGGUGACAAUCAGAUUUCUGUGACUACUGAGGUUUCACCUCCACAGGAGGACCCGGCACAAGUGCGACCAGCGAAACGCAUCAAGGUCUCUGAGGCAGAAGCAUCUGCUGGCCGCACCGAGAGCGUUCCGUCACCAGCGGCGACUUCGGAAACUCCUGAGCCGCAGGCGCUUACACAAACGCAGAGCGAGACCACGACUCGGGCUACCAGCAAGAGGGGCCGAAAGGCGACCAAACCAAGAAAGAAACGAACAGCAGGAGACGGAAAUGGGGAAGCCGCAGCAGAUUCGACUGAAGGCAAAAGAAAGCGUACUCGAAGGAGGCGGUCACCGACACCUGAAGGUGCGGAACUCGUGGAGAUUGUUCCCGCAGUUGUCAAGAUGUCCGAGCUGUGUAAGGAUCUUCGGACUGGGAAAAAGUCAAAGCGUGAGAUGGAGUUGCGAAACAUGGAGUUAGCCGAGAUGGAGCGCAAACAGAAGGAGAAAGAAGAAGGGCGCAAAGCCGGAACUCCGAUAAAGCAGAAUUCAGAAAAUGGUGGAUCUUCGUUGGCAGAUGAUAUCGAGCCGCCGCAGAAGAAGCCACAAGCUGGGCCUCGCAUGAGGAUCGUCAACGGAGAGAUUGUGAUCGAUACGGCGUCACUGCAGGUUGAUCGCCACGCUGAUGCAUCCAGAGAUGCUGGCGAGCUGGAAGAUGUGAUUGAAAACCCGCUCACCAGAAAGAUCAACCAGGCGACAUAUGGAAAGCGGACCAAGACGGAGUCUUGGGACGAGGAAAUGACGGAACUCUUUUAUCGAGGAUUGCGAAUGUUCGGGACUGACUUUAUGAUGAUCAGUAAAAUGUUCCCAGGAAGAUCACGGCGUCAGAUCAAACUCAAGUUCAACAACGAAGAGCGCCGUGAUCCUGAGCGGAUCAAACAGGCCCUGAUGGGACCACGUGAACCUAUCGAUAUCGCAACGUAUUCGGAGAUGACCAACACCGUCUACGAAGAUCCUCGGGUCAUACAGAAAGAAUUAGACGAGGAGAAAAAGCGGAUUGAAGACCAGCACGCCAAAGAGAAGGAGGCUCAGGAAGAACUUCUGCGUAACCCGAUUGGCGCUGGGAAGGAUGUGAUACCAAGCAUCGAAGAGGCUGGUGCACGCGGUCAGAAAGCCAAGUCUCGCAAUGUUAAGAAAGCAACUACUUUCAAAGGAGGCAUGGGUGGGGGCACGGAGGAAAUAUUGGGUUCCAUUGAUGACUUACCAAUCUCUGCUUAG